UCCGCAUUACUCUCCAUGCUGACAUGCCAACCAUCACGUGACGGGGACACCAUGGUUUUAAGGUGUUAUCCUUCAUGUGCUUCGCUCUCUCUUCUUCUUCUAUGCUUAUCUUCGCAUACUUGGGUGGGAUCUAGUUCUUAUUUGAACGAUUGCAAAGAACCUGUGGGUUUACAGGAUGGAAGAAUUUCAAACUCUCAGCUAUCUUCCCCAAAUCACUAUGAACGUUUGUAUGUUGGAGGUGGUGAAAGUGCUGAUAUGAAUCCUGGGUGUGCUCGUCUGAACAAUAUGCUGGCAUGGUGUUCUCCUGCCAACAAGUACUCCGAUAUCCCAGUAUACAUCGAAAUAGACUUAAAUAAGUCCAUGGACAUCAGUGAAAUUACUACUCAAGGAUUUAGAGCAGCUGUAAAUGCAUAUUAUGUGAUGCAGUAUAAUGUUUCCUUCAGCAAUGACAGAGUUACCUGGAAGCUCUACAAAGAGGUUUUGGCAGGCAAUACAGAUGCAGAGGCUGCUGUUACAAACACAUUCAAUCCAAAGAUAUCUGCAAGAUAUAUUAGAGUAUAUCCUGUAAAAUACAGACUUAGAGUGUGUAUGCGCCUGGAGCUAUAUGGUCCAAAAAAUUGCUCUGCAGAGAGUAUUCCUCAGCCACAAGAAGAUCCUACGCAAACAGUAACAACUCCCACAACAGCUGCGCCAGAACAUCAAACCCGUCUAGCCAAAAAUACUACUCUUAGAAAAGAAACAAUGCGCCCAAAAGAAAUAGGUCCUGUUGAUGCAGUGACCCCUACUCCAAUUGGUCUUUCAGCUAAAACACUCAAUGUGGCCCCCAGUAAGGAGGAGGGGAAGAAUACACCUUUUACCCCAACAGCUGGAGUCCCUAGAUCUCUAUUGUCAUCUCAAGUGUCUACAGUGGCUCGUCAAGAUGUGGGCUCCCCUUUGGAUUCCAAGCCUCUGAAACCGUCGGGCCAUUUAGUUGUUGCAGUGUCAGUUACAGCUGCAGUUAUAUUUAUUUUUAUGGUUCCUGUGACAAUUUUUGUCAUAUUUAUUUACCAACGCAAGCAGAGCAGUUGUGACAAAUUUCCAAGUACUCAUGACACUUCCAUCCCAUUAACUACUGCUGUGGUGGAUGAGAAUUUGUACAAUCAAGAAUUCAAGCUCAUGUAUGGUGUACCUCCCAGAAAACACAGUUUAGAAGAAAUGAAAUUCCACAAUAAGUGUGCUGUGUAAACAAGGCUGAACAGAAAGCUCAGGUGGAAAUGACAGAAUAGUGCUGUAAGUUGACAGCUUAUUUUCCUGUCAGGGAAUGAUCCAAACUCAAAAGAGAGGGCGUUAAAAACUUUGUUUUGGCCAGAGUGGAAUUUCAGGUGCUAGAAGUGAAAUGUCAAGAAUCAGAACGUGCGGAUCACAUAUCCAAUUAUCACGUACCAAAGAGUGGAUACCAUUUCUUUGAAAUAAUUACUGUGAUCAUGUUUAGUUGGCAGGUAGGCCUGCACAAUCAUGAACACCAAGUUCAUCGUACACAAGAUUAUGGCAGACGAGUGUCAUAAACAGAAGGAUGAAUUUUCUUUCUACCCUUAAUACUUUUCCCAAAAAUUAGUGUGGAUAGUGGAAUCUCACAUCCAAUCAAGCUACCACCCCAAAAAUGUUAAAAUUAGUCAAUAGUUCCAAAUAGCACAUUUACAGAAUUGUGGGGGUAAUAUUAACAAACCAUGGUGAAAAUAUUAUUGUAAGCUGUCCCUGUGAAGAUGUACAAUUUAUUUUGGGACCCUUAUGUCAGUUAUUAUUUUGGGAGAAAUUUGAAUAAGUUUGUGCACUGUCACAGUGAAGACAUGAGUUAAAUUAAAUGUAAAUAAGAUUGUAGACUUAAUUAAUUUUAUGGAAAAGUCACCCUCAAAAUGUUUCCCUCAAUGGUUAAUGUUCAAUUACAAGAGAAGUGAACUUAGUUCAAGAAUUGUUCAUAUUCUUUAAUUCAAAAUUAGCUAGUAAAAACCCUAAAUUUUCUAUCAAAAUUCUCAAACACUGUUCCAAGGCGAACAUGUUAGUUACCUGCAUGGAAUCCAUGUUUAAGUCAAUUUUUUAAAUCAAUCAUUUUUGUACACUGUUCCAGAGUGGAUAUGUACAAAGUACAUGGCGAAUAGGAACAUGAAAAUUUCAUAGGUGAUAUAUUUUUUAUGAUUAUUUGAAGCUUACAUUUUGAAUAACAUUUGUACAGUAUUUCUAGAAGAAUAUGUACAGAUGCUCAUUUUAAGACUAUUAUUUCACCAUGGAAAGAAUAUUUUUGUACACCCUUAAGAAAUGACUAGAAAAUUGUUAUUUGGAAAGGACACAAGUGUCAUCUUGCGGUCCCUUUGAAAGUUUUUAAAUGUGAUGAUAAAUCGUUGAAAUUAAUAUCAGCAUUUAGUUAUCGCAGUAUAAAAAAUUGGUCCGCGACUACAACUGUUGAGGAACAAAAAAAAAAUAAGCAGUUGAAAGUUAAUGAAGGAAAGUUGUCAGUAAAUGAAGGCUUCGGAGAGAGGGAUAA